GCUACUCGCGCGUUCACCGUAGUCAAUUCGCACAUGCGAUGCAUUCGAUUUUGAGAUGGUACCUGCUGCUGGCCCUCUGCAGCGGGGUCGUCCGUUCGGUGAUCGAACCCGAGGAGGACAACGAGAUACCGCGCGAAUCGGCAAGUCCGUUGAAAAACGCCAGCUCCGCUGCCACGGAGGUGGGUAAAAACGUACGCGUCGACUGGAACAAGUCCAUCGUCGAGACGUACGAGACGGCCGUCCAGGCCUACCUGGACGAGGACUGGAAGGGCUGCGUGCGGGGCUUCGACGAGCUCGCCGCGAAAUAUCGCCAGCUCAAGUCGACGCUGAUCGACUGCCGUCGCCAAUGUCGCAACGAACUCGAGCAGAGCUUCAAGCCCAUCUGGCCGGAGAACAUCGAGGAUCUGCACUUUUACGAGCGAAAGAUCCAAGAGGCUCUGUGCGUGCUCAACUGCCAUCAGGACUAUCGCGAGCUGCCGGGACACAAGCAGGCCCUCCGGCGCGUCCCCCAGAAGUUCGAGUGGAAGCUCGUGGGCGGCGAGUACUUCGCCUACCUGCACGUCUGCUACUACCAGUUGGACAUGCUCCAAGAGGCGGCCAACGCCGCCUACUCCUACCUCGUCUGGCACGCCGAUCACCAGCCCAGCCGAGCGGCUCUGGCCUGGUACAUGCAGAUGCCCGAGGUCGACAACACGACCAUUCGCAAUCUGCUGGCCGAGGACUUCGUGGCCGAUUACGUGGCCGGCGUCAAGGCCUACGAGUCCGGCUACUACGAGGAGGCCGUGGUCAGGCUCGAGGCCGCGGUGGCCUCCUACCUCGAGGGCGAGGAGCAGUGCCGCUACUACUGCGAGGGCUCCUUCGAGCAGAGCUGGAAUCCCGACUUCGUCACCUCCGUCUCCAAUCACUUCGUCUUCGAUCUCAACUGCAAGCGGCGAUGCUCGCGACUGCUCAACACCAUCGACGGCGAGUACCGCGACGCACUGCUCGUGCAAUUCUUCAAUUACCUGCAGUUCGCCUACUACAAGCUCAACGAGAUCGGCAGCGCCUGCGAGGCCGUCGCGACCUUCCUGCUCUUCUUCCCAGCCGACGAGACUAUGCUGUCCAACAAGGCCUACUACGAGUCCUUGCCGACCGUCAGGCCGGAGCACUUCGAGCCGAGGGAGGAGCUGCGAAAGUAUUUCUUGAGGCAGGAGUACGAGAUGAGGCUGCUGCUGCUCGUCGAGGAGAAAUUUUCACCGAUAGAGGAGAGGCUUAUAAAGUUGGAUAAGACUCAGAAUCAAUGAGCGCUCAUUUUCACUAAUUAGCUAAUUUUUUUUUUAUCUCGGCUAAAAUUUAAACCAGAAGGCUGGUAUUUUUUUACCGUCGAGUACGUUUUGGUCACAGCUUGUACUUCGAUUAAAGUCAAUCGGAAAAUGUUAGAAAAAAUGUAUUCAUUCCAAAUUUCUGUAAAUAAGGUAAAUAAGAAAAUUGUUCUUGCAAACAAAGGCUGUAUCGUUUAAAAGUUUCGUAAGCGAAUUUGUUGCAGGAUUCAUUAGGAAUUGUAGAGUUCGAAUAAAACUAUAAUUUUCGUAAGAGAUCUGAAAUGGAAUUUUCUUAUGACAUUACGUUACAUUUUAGUGAUACAUAUCAACUUAUUUACUAUAUAUUGAAUACAUUCAUCCACAGUAUCAAACGAUCGGAAUAAUGUGACAAUUACUUGUGAUUCAAAGGGCGAAAUUAUAUACAAUUUAAACAAUCUAAAAAUUAUAAAGUACAUGAAUUGAAUGAAAAAUUACCAUGGGUUUAAU